CAGCUAUCGUUAGCCAACUGGUUUGGCUAAUUGCACAUCUUUAAACUUUCUAAACUACCUUAYACUUUUUUUAGAGGAAUUUUAGUUUAUUUUCUUAGGGUGAAUCUUUUGUAACUUUAAUUAUUCCACCAUGCUGCAGUUUCUGGCUGGCUUUACUCUGGGGAAUAUUGUGGGGAUGUACCUCGCUCAAAACUACGAAGUUCCCAACAUAGCCAAGAAAAUUGAAGCCUUUAAGAAGGACGUGGAGGCCAAGAAGAAGCCACCAGAAUGAACAAAGUGGGACCAUGUUACAAGAAUAGAAACUAUUUAAAAUGUGUGUUUCGAUGUUUUGUUUAUCUGUUUGCACACAAUAAAGAGAUAAGCCRAGAAUCAGAUGAAAGCAUAAACAAUGCCUGGCACAGUGUUUGUUCUGCUGCUUAAAUCUGAAGUAGUUUCCUAUUUUUAUAAGGUAAAAUGUUGCAGAGAGUGGAUUUAAAGUUCUGUUUGGUAGACUUGCAUAAUGUUCUCAAAUAUUUUAUAUCACAAGCUUUCAAAGUGUAACAGACUGCCUAACCAUUUGUCAAAUUGCCACAAACAGUUCUGCUUCCAAUAAAGUCGCAGAUAAUAAAA